AUGAACUGUGUGCCAGACGAGCUCCUUGGGGACUUUCUCAGAGACUUUACAAAGCACGAGAAUAUUCCAACAACUCUGUCCAUAUUGAAUUGCAAACCACAGAGUUAUACUGUUAAAAUUGCCAAAGGUACGGGUUUGCAAAUUGUGGGUGAUCCAGAGAAGCUCUUGGAAGUCCUCGUAGACCGCAGAGUUAAGAGGAAUGAUGUACUCAACAUUGUUGAUCUUGAUUGUCCUUCUGCAAGAAAUUAUCUCUCAGCAAUUCAUCCUUCUUUGCUUGAGCACCCCAUGCGAUGGAUUUUCCAUCAUGAAGUCUUUAAUCUCGAUGAAGAACAAUUCCUGGAAAAUCUCCCACUUCGAAUUGAUAGCAAUGUAAUUUUGGCAAAAUUCACCAACUCAUCGACUUUCACCAUGGCGCAUGUUUACAGAAUCAACCGAGACUUCCCUAUAAAUCACGAGGAUUAUGGUGGAUGGGAGCCAAGGGUGGGGAUCACCGACAUUCGCCCCACAAGAAUUUUAUCACGAAGGCGAUCAAACUUGCAACGUACCCUCCUAACAGCGUCCAUCGUGAUAACAAAUCCCGACACUGAGAAUCACCUUGACGACUACAAGGAUAAGCAUGUCGAUCCCACGACAAAAGUUAACUACAAGACAACCAACAUACUGAUUGACAUGCUCAACGCCACUGUAAAGUACAUCCGGAGAAGAAGUUGGGGUGCCCAGAAUAAGACUACGGGGAAAUGGACCGGGAUGAUGGGUGACAUGACAGAGGGAAGGGCAGAAAUAGGUGGAACAUCCCUCUUCAUACGACCCGAUAGGGUUGAAUACGUUGAAUUUCUCACACUAACCGUUUCAACGUACGGCGCCUUCGUUUUUCGCCCACCACCCUUGUCCUUUGUUGUCAACAUCUUCUACCUGCCCUUUCAAGGCUCUGUCUGGCUCGCAGCUCUCUUCAGCAUCAUCCUGUGCACGUUGACCUUCUUCUUCACAUGGAAGCAUGGAGAGAAAAUAAAAAAUGUUGGUAAAGCAAAGAAUCUGAGAGGCACCGAUGCAGUUAUGACUGCUGUUGCAGCUAUAACACAGCAAGGAACAGAGACAGAACCUCGAAUGCUAUCAGGACGAAUUGCAUCCUUCUUUAUGUACCUCUCAAUGUUUUUUCUCUUUAGCUCCUACGCGGCCAACAUUGUGGCCCUCUUGCAAUCCACCACAACGAGCAUUUCAACUGUUCAGGAUCUUUUGGAUUCCAACUUGGGAUUGGGGGUGGAAGACAUUGUCUAUAAUCACCACUUUUUCAAAUUAGUCACUGAUCCUGCAAAGAAAGCCCUCUAUGAAACUAAAAUUAAGGGGAAAAAGGAUAAAUUCAUAGACUCAGAAAAGGGCGUUGCAAGAGUUCGCCAAGGAUUCUAUGCAUUCUUCUGCGAAGUCCUCAAGGUGUACAAAUUAAUUGAGGAUACAUUUUAUGAGCAUGAAAAGUGUGGAAUAAUGGAAAUCAAAUUUCUACAACUAACAGACCCAUGGUAUGCCAUCCAAAAGUAUUCACCUUACAAGGAAAUCAUUAAGGAGAAUGUUGUGAGGAUGAAAGAGUUUGGCGUUGAACGUCGUGAAGCGUCGAAAUUUACCACAAAGAAGCCAAUUUGUGUGUCUGCAGGUAGUAAUUUUGGGAGUGUUCGUCUCAUUGAUUGCUACAUGACAGUUACGAUAAUCAUAUCGGGAUCCCUCAUUAAGAUUGCCAAGACGAUGGAUUUAUCAAUUAUACCCAGUUCAGUGAAGCUCUUGGAAGUCCUCAAGGAUCCCACAGUUAAAAGGAAUGAUGUCCUCAACAUUGUUGAUCUCAAUUGUCCUUCUGCAAGGAAUUAUCUCGCCCAAAUCCACCCAAAUCUUUUGAAACAUCCCAUGCGAUGGAUUUUACUAGCUGAGAACUUCAUUUACGACGAGCAACGCCUAUUCCUGGAAAAUCUCCCACUUCGUUUGGACAGCAAUGUUCUUCUUGCGAAAAUCGUCAAUUCCACCAUCCCGUCAAUUAAAUCAGGUAUGAACCAUUAA